AUGGACAUACAGGUGUAAUAUGGUGUUUUGAAUUAAACGAUAAUGAAGAUCUUCUUGCAUCAGGUGGAAAUGAUAAAACAAUUAAAUUGUGGUACAAAUAAAAUUAAUGUUUGUUUUCAUAGACAGCAAGUCAUACUAAAAGGGUUUUAGGAUUAAGUUUUAAUGAACAAUAAAAUAGAUUAAUAUCUUGUGGAUAUGAUUAAUAGAUAUUAGUAAUUGAACAAUCAGAAUGAAAUAAAUAAUGGAAUGUAAUAUAAAAGAUUAAAUUUUAAGACGAAUUCGGUCUUGGAUUAUGCUUUAUUAAUAAUAAUACAUUCAUAUUAUAUCCUUGGGGAGAAGAAAUCCUUCUGGUAAAUAAUAUUCAAAUACAAAAGAUAUUCCAUUAAAAUUCAAAGUGGAUCUGAUUGGACAUAAUAUCCUUAAUAAUACAUAAAAUCUAAAUGUAUUAUUGUGAAUAAGAAUGCUUCAAAUGUGAAUUUAAUAAGGAAGUAAUAAAAUUAUGAAUUUAUAAUUGAGUAAUCUAUUUAAUAUAAAAAAAAUAAGAUUUUUGGAUGUAUGAAUGAUGAUGGACAGUAUCUGAUCACUUGGGAUAAACAAUCAAAAGAAUAUCAGGAAUUAUGA